UUUGUCUUACUUAAAACAUAUGAGCAACAUGGCGGAUCCGUUAACGUUACUUCGCGAGUACAACAUGAACCAAAUGGAAAUUAUCGAAAAAGAUGGACGUAUUUACUUCGGAGAUCUGUCUUGGCCGAAAGACGUUGAAACGCGGUACAUUAUGUGGACAGAGCCUCGUUACGCUAACGCCCCAAAAAAAUACUACACUUUGCAAACUUUACUGCAUAUUUUAAAAAAUAAAUCACUGAUUCACCCCGCAUAUGCACGUAAAGCAGAGUCGGAGGGAAUUCCAGCAGUACGACGUCCAGACCGAGUACCGCUGCUUGCGUACCUUAAUGGCAAAACUGACACGAGUCCGUCCAUCGAUAAGAAUGCCCCUAUUAAAAAACCGAAGUUGGAACAUCAAGUACCACAGCCCCAUAUUAACGUUAAAACCGAGGACACAAGUGCAUUUAAAGCAGAAAUCAUUGAAGAUGCCAGGACUAAAACACCAAAAUUGGAACCAGAGGUGCUACAGCCUAUUUCUAGUGUUAAAACCGAGGAUACGAGUUCUAUUAAACAAGAAAUCAUUGAAGUGCUGGACGACUCGCCCGAAAGAGUUCCUAAAAAAGUUAAAUUGGAAAAGGAGGUAACAGAAUCUUUAUCUGCCGAGAAAAUCGCCGAAAUUAAGGCAAAACGCCUGGCAAAAAAAGCCGCACAGUCUAAUUAAUAUCAUUUAU